AUUUUAUCAUUACAUUCGAGGCAAUAAACAUUUUCUCUGUUUAUUAUCUUCGAUUAAAAAGUCCACUUUAUCCAGCAUCAAUAUCAACGUUGCUUGAUUGAUGCCAUGAAACCUGUUUAAAGUCGUUUAUAUGGAUUGCUCUAAUUUUUAAAUAUUCAUAAUUAAAAAAAAACUGUCAAACGUGUCAUUCAUACAAUUUUUGCAGCAAUUCAUAUGUGCUACCGCUCGCACGCGCGUAUCGUAUAUGUGGGUAUAUUUUUUCGGCCCGUGUCGGUAAAUAUUCAUGAAAAUAUAAUCAAUUAAUUUACGUAUAUGGAUUUAAUUAUGUUUAUAAUCAAAUUAAAAUGGAACAAUUAAUCAAUUCGUCGAUAUGAAACUUUAUGAAAACAUUUUCAUUUGUUGCGCUGCUGCAGCAGAAAAACAACACGACGGAAAAGAAUCAUGGAUUGGGUAAUAAUGGGGGCGAGUGCCAUUCAGAUUCAUCUCUCGUGGUGUAUUAUAAUGAAAAUGGAAAAAUAAAUAAAAUACAAUGAAUUUGCCAUAUCAUCAUUUAUUUAUGAAUAAUAAUAACAUUGAAGUGGUUCUCAUCGCGUUCAAAAUUGACUUUGUUCUUCUUUCGAUCCAUUUUAUUGUGGCUCAGACCACUUUGUGCCACUUUUUUUUCAUUAUUCUUGCAGAUGUGACAAUGAUCACUGUUAAAUUGGUUUUAUAUAUCAAAUUUUCAUUUGAAGUGCUGGGAUGAGCACCGGGUCACCGUUCAAGUUCGAUUUGAAUGAGCGAUAACAAGCAGUUUGGGCAAGACAAAGGUCAUUUGUGUUGGUAUUUUUUUCUCGGCGUCAUUCAAGUACUUGUUUGAAAGUACUUCAAUGGAAAAAAAAACACUUCCAUUCAAUUGAAACUGAAUGAAAAACACACACAAAAAACAGUCAUCGAUGGCACACACAAAAGGUCGAACCACGACGGUAGAUGAAGAUACAACAUAUACAAUUAUUAUGCAAUUGAAUAACGAGCAUGAUUUCAGCACGCAUAUACACAAAAAAGUGGGUUCUCAUCAUCGCAACUUGUUUUUCAAUAAGUGAAAAACACCCAAAAGUACCAGUGAUUAAUAUCAUUUUAGAUACGUGUAUGUGUGUUUUUUUUCAGUUCUUUUCUUUUUUUUUUCGCUCGUUCGUUCGUGUGAUUCAUUGUGUGUAAAUUCAUUGAAGUCGUGAACAAUUGUACAAAAUAGGCAUAAAGCUACUUGCGACUGGACAAAACGAAUUGAAAGGAAAAUUGAUGCAACAAUGAAUGGGAUUUUUGUUUGAAGAUUUAAUCAAGCCCCAGUGUAACCAUACGUAUGUGGAAUCAAUUUAUCAAUUGUAAUGGAGGAGAUGAGCUUUUGUUUCGAUUCUCUUUCGAUCUCUAUUCCUUUCUCACUGCGUGCGUGUGUGCUGUGCUGUGAUGUGUCUUCUUUUGGUGUCGCAUUUCCAUUUGGUUCGCCAAUUUUCUCACACUCUCUAUCGUACAUGUGCAUUAUGAAUUUAGUUUUUGGGAUAGAUUUUGGGUUUCAUUUGUUAUGCAACUUUCAUGAAUUUAUGCCUUUCACAAAUGAAGUGAUUCAUGUCGAAUCAGUUGAUUUUCUCAGCAUUUCUCUUGCAAAUAAAUUCAAAAUAUAUCCACAAAUCCUUGUGUACAUGUGUUUAGCCACUACAGCCACUUACGGCUUACAUUUCAACAAGAAAUAUAUUCAUCCGAAGAAAUUAAAGCGAUUCCAAUAAAUCACCACUGUCCGCACGUACCUCGAAUGCACCAAUUCGUAAAAUCUGAAAUUCAGAUGGCCAUUGUAUUGUGUUGGGUGGGUGUGUGUGUGUGUGUGUGUGCGCAUGGGUGCGAAGAAGAAGAGAGUGGAUGUACAGGAUACAGAUUGCUGAUCAUUGAUACAUCAGUCGAAUGGACGAUCUAGCAUCUGAUUGAUACUGAGCAUUUAAUCAUAGACACACUCACAUACAUUUCUUUCCUCACAAUUACGUGUCUACACCUUCGGUUUUUGUCUUGAUUCAUUCAUUUUGCUCCCUUUCGGCACUGCAUCAAUUGCGAAAGAAAGAGAAAUGAGUUGCGUCAUCCGAUUACUCAAAAUAGAACAAGCCGACAACAAAUUUUCGGGUGAGAAAUGAACGGCGAUAAUAAAUUACAUCACAAAGUUCAAUUGGUUACGUAUUAAUACAUAAAUGCUGUUUGGUAAGCAUCGUGUAAAGGAAGGGGAUGAAGCACCAAUUCUCAAUGAUGAUAAGAACAUAAAAGCGUUUUCUCUUUUUCAUCUUUUUUUAUACUGUUUAACACCCUCGCAAAGCGAAUAUUCUUAAAAGUGAUACCAUUUUUUUUCAUAUCAAAUAAUAUUGCAUCAUUUUUCAUUCGACAGCCCGUGUUAAACCAGAACACAGCAAAUUCUCAUUUUCCAUAGCAACAAAAUAAAAUCGAUCGAAUGCGUUACACACUCUGUGUUGUGUACAAACGAAUGGGGCUGAACGACAAAAAAACGUCGUCUUUUAAAGCUAAAAGGAAUCAAUCCAAUGCCGAUAUAUUCUUAUCACAUUUUCACUUUUAUGAAGUUCAUGAAUCGUUCAAAGCGACACCAAUGCUGCAACAUCCGAUGCUAAAUGCAAAAUCCGAUCGAUCGUCUGGAUUUUAUGAUUGAAUUGAGACAAAGAAGAAUGGAAAGGGAGUGAGUCGGAGAAAUUGAGAAACACUGCUUCGGGCAUCUCAUCGGUUUUAAAUACAUUUCAAACUAUGAAAUUUAACACACAAAGCUCAAGAAUUUGCAUGAAUUUUGAAUUUCAUAACUUAUUCAACACAAUGGAAUGUUGCUCACAUCUCUCAAGCCACAUGCAUACAAAUGAUGCUGGGGAUGAGGGAAAAUUGGUAUGCCAGAAAGGGAAAGACAACGACAGAGAGUGAGUGAGAGAGAACGCAGCUGAAUUAUUUCGAUACAACAAUAGACAUGUGCAUUCCCGAAUGCUGUGAUUUAUUAAGAGUGUUUGUUCUUUUGUCUAUAAAAUCACUAUUAUUUAUAGCCAACAUUUAAUCCCGCAAUACACGCUAUAAUUCGAAAUGUGCUUUUAACCGAUUAAUGCAUAAUUCGGUGCUGUUUGCGUCAUCCCGAAAAGUGUAGCCAAUUCAAUUAAAUAAGCAAUCAAGAACAUUAUAUCGUUUUUAAGUGGAUAAUUAAUUUAAAAAUAUUAGCUCUCGUGACAAAGUUGUGCAUGCAGCUAGCUGAAGUUUUGACUUUUAUUAUCGGGCCAAAAAUCAAGAUUUAGAAGUUUUCCGACAACCGAAAUGGGGUAAAAUAGAGAGAUAUGUCCAAAACAUAAGUAGGAUGAGUUACGAGGAAGUGCGGAAGGAAGAGAAAAUGAGUUAGAAAAGAGAGCAUGAAGCGGAGAUUGUGGGAAACAGAGUACAAAGGAGUGAGAAAGAGAGAGACAAAGUGGAAUAUGUACGCUUGAGGGAUCAAAAUUCUUCUUGACUAAAUUGAGCAUAAGCUACCGCUUGUUCUCCUCUGGCUUGCAAAAACAAACAAAACAACCGAAACUUAGUUUUGGAAACACUUAAAAGUUUGCAUGUUAUGAUGAGAUAAAGCCCUCAUAACAUUGACUGACUGACUCACCGUCAUUUCAGGCACUUCGACUAUGGCACCUUAAACCAGUUUACCGUGUGUAACAAAUACGAUGAAUGGAACUAUACACACAGACACACACUCAUUUCGGCACUAAAAAAAUUACAUUUUCAUUAGUGAAAUAUUGCAACAUUCCGUUGUCGUCGUCGUCGUCGUUGCCAAUCCAACAAAACUUGUGCGUUCCAAAUUGCAAGAUAUAAAAUCAAAUUGAAUAGAAACUGAAGACGAAGAAGAAGAAGUGGAAGAAAAUUAUAUCAACAACUUCUCUAUAUCUAUCUCUCGAUUGGAAUUGUGUGUAGUCGGUAGUUACAGUUACAUGAAAAUCAAUGUCUAAGUUUUCUGCGUGCCACAUCCGGUGUCUAACUGAAAACUUAUGUUCAUCAUUACACAUUCUGUCACCAUCGCCACCGUAUUGAUUGAAUGGAACAGGACAAAAUGCCGUUUAAAUUUCCUUUUAACACGUAUAGUAACUUGCCAACUGCUAACUAACAAGUGACGCGUUCAACGUCCAUUAGAAAUUCGUUCACGUUAAUUAUAUCGACAAUUUGUAAUGAAAUCGAUAAUUAUGGCGUUGGAACAUAGAAAAAAAAAACAAGUAGUUUGCUGACUACAAAAUUUGGUUGUUUUUCCGUUAUGUGUCGCAUACAUAAAAUAAAUGCCGAGUUACCAAUAGCAAAAUGUGCAAACUGAUUUCGAUUAUCUGUUCGUACUGAUUUUUAUUGCAAUUGCUUUCUUCUGCAUGCUUUUUUCUCUCCUUUUCGCAAUUCUAUUUUCGGUUUUAGACCAAAGUCAAUGAAUGUGAUUGAGUUUAUUUUUGUCGUCAUCGCAGUUUUCAUCGUAAAUGAGCACAGGCAUGUGCUUUUUGUGCCAAUAUAUCUCGCGUAUGUGUGUGGUUGUGCGGUGCACUUGAAUGGAAUAUAUCAAAGUCACAACGUAAGAAGCGCGCGCGCGCUUUGACUGGAGAGAAGUAUAUACAUUGCAUCGUGCGCUGGUUGGGAAAUCGACACACUGUUGCAAACUAGUUUCGAAAUUCUAACUGUGCAUUUUUGUACGUAGCUGCGUGUGUUUGUACUUUAUAGCCAUUUUUCCUAUUACCGUUGUGCCGUUGGUUAUUUAUGUUGAUUUUAGAAAAAUUCGCAAGUAAUUGAUUUGGAAGAGAAAAAAAGUAGUAGAAAGAAAAACAGCAACGCACUGGGCUGUUCACCGCAUAGCGAGAACGGUAGACGAUAUAGAAAUGUAUUCGACACACAGACCGAUACGGGAACAGUAAGUGCAAUCCAUCUGUAGAUCGGCAGCCACUUUGCUUAGCACAUCGACUGCCACUGAAAUUUAGCUUUGCCAAAGCAGGCAAAUGCAUUCACUUGAGCAUUGACUAUUCGAUUUGGUUCUUUUUUGCACUCUUUCGUCUCUUUAACGUUUUUUUUUUCUAGCAAGUACGGCACUUCUAUCUCCCUUCUUUGUUGGAGAGUAACUGUUAACAAAUCGGAGCGUAAAUGGAAUGAAGUCAUUCUGAUGCAGCUCAGUCGCACAUUGACUUCAUUUGUAGAUGUAGGCUUUGGAAAUAUAGAGCCCGGACUGACAGACAGAGCAUCGUGCGAAUGACAAUAAUAGCCAUUAUAUUGUAUUUGCUUGAGUCACUUCCACUUGCUCCAUCGACAACUAUGCACACUUAAUCACCACCGAUCGAACAGCAUUUUGUGCGGCUGCAAUUCCAAUCGCUUCGCCGUGUUACGUCCAUCAAAACUAACGAUGUUCAAAAUGCGAGUACUUCGUUUGCUAUGUUUAGUGUUAGCCGUAAUAAAUUCGUCGCUGGCCCAGUGUCCGUGGCACAAAGACGUUCCUGAUUUGCAAACGGCUUGCUUGUGUGCAUACAAUUUGGGUCAUGAGCUAUCUGUGCAGUGUGAUCAGGUUGAUUUUCCGCUUUUAUUGGAAGCGUUAAAUCGAUUUGCACGUUCGACACCAAUCGAUUUGCUGUACAUCAAUAAUUCAACGAUUGAAAAAUUAGAAAAUAAUGUGUUCCUUAAUUUAAAUCUGCACAAUGUGCAAUUGAGCAAUUGUCAAAUUAAAACGAUCGAAGAUGGUGCAUUCAAGGGGCAAGAGAAGCAUUUGAAAAACUUGAAUAUGCAAGACAAUUUAUUGGAAGCCGUUCCACAGCGAGCACUGCGUCUAUUGUCGAUUUUAAAUUUGUUGGAUUUGUCCAAGAACCGGAUAACACACAUCGGUGACAAUGCAUUCCAUGGCCUAUCGAAAGUAUCGACACUCAAACUGAAUGAUAAUAAUGUAACAUUGGCCAGCGGCGCCUUUCGUGGUCUCGAACAAAGUUUAAAGAACUUGAACUUGAAGGGAACGAAACAGAAGCGUGUACCCGACUGUGUUCGUGGUUUGAAAACGUUGGCAUUUUUGGAUUUAUCACAAAAUGGUAUACGUGAAUUGCCUGGGCCAGGUGGUUUACGUACAUUCGAAAGCCUAGACUCGUUGACCGCAUUGAAUUUGGAACGGAAUUUAAUUCAAACACUCAGCGAAACAUCGUUUGUUGGCGUACGAAAGACGUUGAGCUCGUUGAGUUUGUUGAACAAUUUAAUGGCCGAAUUUCCGGUCGGUGCAAUUCAUUCGCUGAAAGAGUUGCGCGUUUUAGAUAUUGGUUUUAAUUUGCUCACCGCACUACCUGAGACGGCGUUCCGUGGCAAUCCAAGCAUUACAUUAUUGGCGCUCGAUGGAAACCCAUUGCCAACCGUACCAGAAAAAGCGUUAGCACACUUGAAUCGUACGCUGCGGGGUUUAUCGUUAGGCGGCCGUUUUCUGCAUUGUGACUGCAAAUUGAGAUGGGUCGCCGAAUGGAUACGUAAUGGUGACCUGCAAGUUACGUCACGCGAACGCAAUCCACAAUUCUGUGGUUCACCAAAUCGAUUCCGGGAUCGUGGUUUCUAUUCCAUUCAGCCGGAGGAAUUGAGUUGCCCCGACAACGAUGUUGACUUGUCCGGGCCGAUCGGUGUGAUUGACUCACUGAAACCAAAAACAAGCACAACAACACUGACACCAUCAUCGACGCUAACAACACAACCAUCGACUUCGAAUACCGGCAGCAGCAGCAGCAGCAGCAGUUCAACAGCCAGCAAAGAAACGACAAAAGAAAGCAGCACCACAAUCACUUCCAGCAGCGUAACAACAACCCCGCCUUCAACCGUGAAAGUUGUCACGAGCACAUCGACCAGCUCAACACAAACAACGUUGAAACCGGCACUUAAAAAUAGCAACAGCAACAAUAACAAUUGGCGACAGAAUUCGUCGGCAAAACAGCGACCACCGUUGGUGCUUGGUUUUCCAACGGGUCGUGGAACAAGUCGCACCGAAGAGGAUAAAGAAGUCCAAGUGAAGAACGCUUUUCGUCAAGACAAUUCCGUUAUCAUACAGUGGGAUUCGGAUACAACGAAUAUUCUCGGUUUUCGUGUGGUUUAUCGUCUUUUCGCUGACAAAAGCUUCAAACAAGGUCCACCGUUGGAGGCGAGCGAACGUGAAUUUAAAAUUAAAAACGUUCCACCACAAGAGUGCAUUGUGGUGUGUGUGAUUUCAUUGGAGGAAUUGAAUGUGACACCGGAAAGUGUACCGUAUUCACAGUGCCGAGAAGUGCGAACAUUGUCGUCGCCAACGUCAAACAUGGAUAAAAUCACAAUAGCAGCCAGUGCGGCAAUAUGUGGAACAAUCAUUGUGGCUGUUAUCAUUUUCAUUGCGGCCGGAAGAAGGCGAUCGAGAAAGAUGCAAUCGUUGAAUCAGCAAAAGAGCCCAUUACCAAUUUCUGGAUUGCCGGUGAAUUGUUGUGGACCGAAUGGAAGUCCAGGACCAUUGGGCUCAAUUGCUACAUUAUCCGCGUUCAAUCAUCACAAGGAUUGGGAUCAAGUGAGCGCAUACAGCGGCCGAUCUAUACCAAGACCGAGAAUUUAUCCAAUGGAAAAUCAAAGCAUAAUCGGCGAUGACAUGCGAAGUCAUGUAUCACAUUUCUCCGGUGUGGUCGGAAAGGUUGCCAAAGCAAGAUCCAUUGCUGAUGGUCAAUCACAACACAGUUUCUCGAAUCAUUCGCAUCGUGGAUACCUCAACUCGGCAUUUCCAAGCAAUUUGGUUAAUUCUCGACCAGAAUUGCGUCAAUCGAGACAAUCGUUAGCAGCUGCCUCUGAUCGUAUGUCACGUGCAUCAUACGCUGGAUCUGGAAUCCAUGGUGCUGCUCAUAGUGUAGUUUCAAGUCGUAGAACUAGACCGAGAUCUCGAUCACGCGAUCAAUUGAAUGGAGCCCAUAUUCAUUCACAUCAUCGCCCGAGUAGUCGGUACUCAACGGCUGGCUCAACUCAUACAUUGAACAACUAUUGCGAUACAUCCGACAACUGGACUGAUCAUGACAUGGAGAUUUAUAUGACACGCAAUGCCACGACACGUAACGGUUUGGUGCCAUUAUGAGACCAACUUUUGCGAUGCAGAUGAUACACGAAUACAUUGUUGAAAAUCUAUAAUUUACAUGAAAUUUUCUGACGACCAGUGAACAACGACGCCGAUGCCAACGUUGCCGUCAACGAUAACCCAUAUCUAACCCAAUCACCACAAUCAAUAGAACAAUUAGCAUUGAUUCAACCAAGGAACACAACCACCAUCGCCUCAGCCUCACCAACACCACCACCACCAUCCACAAUCACCGGUCCAAAUGGCAACGAAAGCAAUGAACUAGCACUGUAUUUAUUCAAUCGUAUUCCAGCUGGACUACAAGUGAUGCACAUUAUCGAAACUAGCUACAGCGAAACCGAAUGCUGUUUUCAAUAUGUGCGCACAACAAAAACCAAAACCAACUACGAUCCACACAAUACCAUCAAUACAAUCGAAGUGUAUCGAGGACGUCGUCCGAAUCAAAUAAACGAUACAAUUAACGAAACUUACAUUUAAACAAGAAAAAAAAAACAUCAACAAACAAGAAAAGAAAAAAAAACGAAUAUUCUAAUCGAUUUUAUUGUGGUAAGGAACAGAUUUCUUCAAAACCCUUUUUAGAUUAGCCAAUUUAACAUAUAUAUUUAGACAAUUGCAAACAAUUCUUUUUCGUUGUGUAUAUGAGAAGAAAGAAAGUAUCGAAAUUUUCCACCAAAACAAGAAUUAAAAAAGAAAAAAACACGUAGAAUUGCUGAUUUAAGUCAAAAUUGUACAUAAACAAAUGAAUUUGAGCAAAAAUGUGUCUCAAAGUUAGUUAAAGGCAAGAAAAAACGCAAUAUGCACGCAUGCAUUUUAUUAGAUCGAUGUGGACGUUGUUUGAGUUCAAUAUUAUAAGAGACACAGACACAUAGUUAACAAACAAAACUAAACAAACAAACAAACAAGGAAUUCAACUCAAUUCAUUGAAUAUCAUUGAAAUUAAUAUUUUAUACUGCUUAGAUCGUCAUAAGAGCCAAUCAUCGAUUUGUUACAUUUUCUUUAGAACGAAUUUCAAAAUAUUUUCCGUAAAAAAAUGUUUUCUUUGUUUUUGCGUCAGUUGAAAAAGAACCACCAAUUCGAUAGGGAAAAAAAUGGUUAAGAGAAGAGAAAAAAAAACGGUUAAAAAAUAUGAUAAUAAUUUAAAUUGAUACAUAAGUUGAAUAUGAUAUUUUAAUUGCGACCAAAAUUGAAACAAGGCAUAACACCAAUUCGUACUUGAUCGAGAAGAAGAACGACAGAGACCGAGACAUUAAAUGAACAUUAUUUGGGAUAGGGAAGAGAAAAUGUAGUGGGAAAUCACAUACAUUCACAGUGCCAAACAUGUUAUACGUUGUAUUAAUUGCAUAUAUAUUGAAUUUACGUAUAAAUUUCAUUUUGUUCAACGACAAAAGACUGCUACAAUCGAGCUAAACAAACAUACACGAAAGAAGAAAAAAAACGAUGGAAAAUUUACUGGUGGUUUGUAUUGUAUCAAAAUGCAAACGCAUUCGAAAAUUUGGCCGAUUCAUGUAAAUAGUCUUAAGUUGUCGUCAAUGGAGCAACAACAAAAAUACGAAUAUACUUUAGAUACAGUGACGAAAAAGUUCUUUUUUUUUUUUAAAUCCAACGAAUGAUUUUUUUUUACAUGGAUUCUGAUUCAUGUGGAAAUAGACCAGAUCAUCGUAUUUCAAAUAGAAAAUUUCAAUCGAAUUUCAUGGAAAAUUCAAUCAAUAUUCAAACCAUUCUGAAUGAAACGACUUUCAAAGCAUUUCGAGUUAAAAGUCAAUCGACUCAAUUUGAAAGUGUGAAACAACUCAAAUGUUGUAUCAAGAAUCUUUAUUCAAGAAUCUUCAUUCAUGAGUUACGAAUCAAAAUAUUCCAUAAGUGAAAUGUUGAAUGCAGAUUUCGAAGGCGAAAUUCCCCCGUUUAAUUUUCGCGAUUUGGUUCUCUUUUGUAAUUUCAAAACUACAAACAAACACUUUCACACACACACACACGCAUAAAUAUUAUUGUCUUUUGUCAUAAUAGGCCAUAAACAAAAUCACCUAAACGUAGUUUAAUUAGAAUUGUAACAUAGAAACAAGUAUAUGAACAAUAUAAUCAAAUUGUGUUUCACCGGAUCCUAAUAGUCAACAUUGGCAACGAGCACAAUUCCGCCGUCGAUUGUCGAUUGGAAUUGCGGUUGCUAUUGGCAUAGAAUGGGCGACGAAACGUGAAUGACGAUGAAUCUUAUGUCAAACUUAUUAUAGAAAUUUAAAUAAAUCUAUAUAUACAUAUAAGCAUUAAAAGCAUUGGAAUAGCAUAAUUUUAUGAGAGACACGGAAUCAUAUCGAUUUGCUUCUCCAUCUGUACAUACAAGCUAAAUCAAAUGGAACGAUUACGAUCGCGCGCACAUACGUUGAAUUAUUAUUAUUAGAACAAAACAAACAGAGAUGAUUAUUAUACUAGAGUCUAUGAAACUAGUGAAUAGUUGAAACAUUGAAGUUGAAAAACUAACGAUUUAGUGUGUAAGCAAUUAUUUGUAACAAAGAAAAAAUUCGUUUGUUUUUUUAUUAGAAAAAAAAAACAAUUUCCUUAUUAUUUCGAGCGAUUUUUUGAAAAUGGGUCGGAUCUGCAUGUGGAUUUUUGACGAUUGGUCGUCUCAUCACACCACCAGCACCAGGUUUCCAAUUAAAACCCACUUUGUUUUGCUAAGAGCCUUCUCCGUUCGGCCGAGAGAAUCUUCUUUGGCUUUUUCGUAGUGACAAGGUUUCACGUGACAUCAGCUGCUGAAAAUUCCACUGAUUUUUUUUUUAAAUAUGCAAUGCAUUUAGAAACGAAUAAAACGACAGAAUCAUCAGAAAUCCGCAUCAACGGCAGAUGCCCAAAAACACAGUUCACAGUUAACGAAAACAUAUAUAGGCUAAUCAAAUUUAGACAUAGUAACUUCCUAAUGGUUAAGAUGAAAAAAGAAAACUUAGGCUAGACAGAAUGAGUGUAAACAAUUACAUUUCGAACAAUUAGAUUGUAGGCCUAUCACAUAGAACCUAGUUGAUACAAUGUGGAAAUAGACACGAUUUCUAAUUGAAAAAAAUAAUGGGAUCAAUCAACGACGAGUCAACUGGGUCAAAAAUUCGUAUGAAAUAAAGUGGCAAAUAGAGUUUGUAUCGGCGUGAUUUUCUAUUUCAAACAGAAUGAUUGACAAUUUCCAAAAUUUAGUAAUUAAAAUGUUAGCAAAAAAAAGAGUUUAAAGAAAAUUCGUUCAGCACACAAACACACACAGUAUUUCCGUUUGUAUUUCAAAGUAACAGCACGACCAAUAACAAAACCAGCAAUAAAGAAAAUCACUUUAGCUUCAUUCAGAGAUGCUCCUUUGUAGACACACACAAAAAAAAUCAAACACACUCACAAACACGUUUGCAUAUUGCGAUACAAAUUGAAAACAUAAAAUGCCUUAAAUAAGUAUUCAAAAUAUAGCGAUUAUUUCAUUGUGUUAGAUAUAUAUUUAAAUCAAUUAUUGUAGUGCCCUCGCAAAAAAUCACACCAAUUUCGUUCACAAUCGGAGCAUAGUUUAUCGAAAGAAGAUGCAAGUAUAAAAAAUUGCACGAGAAUUGAGCACUUUUUUUUCGGUCGGCAAUUCAAAAAAAAAAAAUCAAUGGUUUCAAUCGAUAACGGAAAUUGAAGUGUGGCGAAUUUGUCAUCAAGCAAAAAUAGGUUUUAGUGCAAAGAUUCUUAGCCGAAGACCGUGAGAAUGUGAGAAAGAGAUGUUGCGAACGAAGAGAACGAGAGUGCAAGAAUCAGAGAGUGUUGGUGAAAUAAAAGGAGUGACAGAAAACGAACGAGAAAAUUCGCGAAAGAGUGCGAGCAAGAGCGUGAAAGAAUUUAUUUGAACACAAUAUUUUAGAUUAGGUUGAGCUCGCGUACACUCUAGACAUAUAUACAUAUAUGUUAACGCACGUAGAGAUACACCGAUAUACAAAAAAAAUAAACAAACAAAAUCGCAUAAUAUAUUCAAUUGUUAGGUGCAAUGUAACACAUUUAUGAAUUGUAUAAAAUCUCAGCACGGAGUGACGUAGCUGCUAACACUUACAUAUAUGUUUAAAAGAAAUAAAAAAAACAACACCAAUUUAUCUUCUGUUUUGUUGAAAAACCACAAUUAGAGAAUCCAAAUAAACGCAUAUUUUUACUUUAU